GCGCAGAGGGAGUGUCCUGAGUCCAAGCCUGGUGCGCCGCUUUAAGUGAAAGGGGGCGCCUUGAAACCGCCGUGUUUGUAUCUUGAAUCGUGAGCGGAGUUGAGCACCAUAUUGAAUCAAAGUUGCCAACUCUUUGACAAAUGUUUUCUCCAGUCUAGACUCGGUCGGUACGAGAGCGGAGAGCUGUUUUUUGGGCGGAAUGGCUUCGCGGUAAAGUGCUUUUUUUGGGCGAUGUUACGGUGAGCGCUGCGCCUCCGGUUCAUGGAAAGUUGGUUCAUGCAGCUGCGACUCCGCGAACUCUGCGUAACUUUUCCGUGUGAGGCGAGCGCAGCGCAACAGAGCUGGAUGUGAUGGACAAUCCGUCUUCAGUCAUCACCCAAGUGAGCCGCGAUGAGGAGGCCAACAAGACCGCGGCCGAGCGGGGCUCGUCCCCCUCCCUCUCCUCUAAGAAGCCCCGCAGUGGAGGGCUCUUCUCCAGCCUGCUUUGCUGCCUGUGCCGGGACCAGCCGGAGCCUGCGCCCGUCAACAACAACGCCCCCCUGCUGGUGGAGGAGAACGGGACGGUGUCUAAGAUCCAGGUGAAGCCGCUGCUGCCUCCAGUCAAGUCCAAAGACUCGGGGAAGAUCUGUGUGGUCAUCGACCUGGACGAGACCCUGGUGCACAGCUCUUUUAAGCCUGUGAACAAUGCAGAUUUCAUCAUUCCUGUGGAGAUCGAUGGAACGGUGCACCAGGUGUAUGUCCUGAAGCGACCGCACGUGGACGAGUUCCUCAAGAGGAUGGGCGAGCUGUUCGAGUGCGUGCUCUUCACUGCCAGCUUAGCCAAGUAUGCAGACCCAGUAUCGGACCUGCUGGAUAAAUGGGGGGCGUUCCGCUGUCGUCUCUUCAGAGAGUCCUGCGUGUUCCAUCGGGGGAACUAUGUGAAAGACCUGAGCCGACUGGGACGAGACCUUAACAAAGUCAUCAUCGUGGACAACUCCCCCGCGUCCUACAUCUUCCACCCGGACAACGCCGUUCCGGUGGCGUCCUGGUUUGACGACAUGUCGGACACGGAGCUGCUGGACCUCAUCCCGUUCUUCGAGAAGCUCAGCAAAGUGGACAACGUCUACACCGUGCUCAAGCAACAAGCCACGCCCCCCAGCUAACCACCCGGAACUACACCGCCACCCCAAGGCAGACCACAGCAACUACAGGCUCCUCACUGCCACGAAAAAAAACACCCUCACAGCUGUCCGCCAUCUUGGAGCCUUACGUUGUAGACUGCUCAUUUUAAACGCCUACAUUUUUAGUUGUUACCAGCUAAUUCUGGACUGGUACUGAUUGCUGAAGCUAACGGUUUUGACAAAAUGGACUGAGGGAGUUUUUGUUUUUUUUCCACAAAGGUUUACAUGCAAAAAAAACUUGGAAGAUUUUUGGAACCUUUUGGAAGAGCAUUAAAAAAUCACACUAUAUUUUAAAUUCGGGGUGCCUUUUAGCGAUUUUUAAUGUGGAAAAAAUCAGUGUUAACACGAUCGGAUCUACAAUUGGACAGCACUUUAUGAGAAAAUUGUGCCUUGUUUUGCGUAAGAAUGAACCAAGAUGGCCGCUGGUGCCUGCAGUAUUUGUGACACUACAUCAGCACCCAAAGCAGCUGCUACAGGUUUUGGAUUAUCUCCGUGCCAUGUUUUUGGUGAACAUUUUGGGGACCACGGCUCUUCUCCCCGUGUCCGAGCGACCGUGGGGCUAAUGUGCCUUCACUGUGGAGUCUUUCUAAAGCUACAGACGAAACUUGAACUACCCCCGAACUGAGAACAGAGGAGACGUGACAGUUGGGGCUUGGACAGUAGAAGCAAAGUGAUCCAGGAUUUCUAAAACCUCCUGAAGACCUAGCGCAAAACUACAGAUUUUAACUAUUUUUAUUGUUCAAAUAGGUUAGGUUCACAUGGCAUCACAACAUUGUAGAAUUUCAGAAAACUGAGCUGGACCGGGCAGGAUUCAAUGGUAGAACUGAAAUUGCUGUUUGUCAGAUUGGCACAGAGAUAUUAACCAUAAACCAGAUCAGCAGUUUUUGUUUCAUGCGGAUAGCCCCACGAAAUACAAAGUUCAGCGUGUUCUUUGUCAGUGUAAAUAAACAAAACUAAAAAGUGGUGCCAUUUUUCAAAAGCCAAGGGCGUGAUUGUUGUCUGUUGAAAGGACUUUAAGCCAUGAGAUUAAUAUGGCAAGUUUGUGGAGCCAAUCCCAAACAAAUAAUGAUCAACAUGUGUGGAUUUCUAUUUUGGAUAUUUCUGUCAAAAAAGGUAGAUGUCCCAUAGUGUUAUAUAUAGACCCCUGCCUUCCGUCUGAAAUUAUGGCUAUGAUUAUGAAAUUCUAAAAUGUGAACCCAACCUUUUUGCCUUAGAUUCUGUCUCACUAGCCUGGCUUGUCAUGCAUCUUUCUUAUUGUACUGUAUUUCUGGUGUGAUCACUUAUAAAAAGGUCCUAUAAUGCAUUCUUCCUGCACCAGUUACAGCCAACAUCAAGAUAUCUGCAACGGUCAAAAUGGUAAAAUUUAAGUAGCCUGAGAGUUGUGUAGAGAGGCAGGAGUUUUGCAGGAGUCGUUUAUUUACCGUCAGUACGGAACUCGGAGACAUGAACACUCAACAUGUUGUGAUAUUGUCCAUUCAAGUCUGCCCAUGCUUCCAUUGUAGGGAGCAUUAUAACCUCUUGGUACAGUAGUGCAGUUUCCCUAUCAGAUCUGAGCAACAGACUUUAUUAGCAUGUCAAGAAUGCAUUUCUAAAAGCUGUUAAUGUGUGAAAAUGGUUACUUCUAACAGUUAAAAUCAAACAAUACUGAUAAUUGAGGUGAAAGAGGAGCAGCAGCUCUACUCCAAGCUCCUAAUGUGUAAUGGUGAACAAGCUUCGCACAUUGGUUAGCUACGCAGUAUAGCUCUAAGGCUAACUCUUGGCCGUUUCCCAGAUAUGGCCAUCACUUCCUGCUCCUGCUGAGGACUUCCUGGAUCGACUCUUCUUCUACUGUCUGUUUUUAUGUUUUUAGUUCCACACUUUUUGAAGCGGUACACGUAAAACCAAUGUCAGUAUGUGCCACAGAGCUUCCUUCAAGAAGACUGUCGAAAGUCUGCCAUGUUUGUGAACUCGCUGCUUACCCUGAUGCGUUCUGGGUAAUGUAGUCACAUCAAGCUAAAGUGGAGUUACACUCAACGUUCUGUUUUUAUUUUAACUUUGUGCGUCGAUUUUAGUCCCUCGGAAGCGUUGACAAUAUUUAGACCGUUGUGAAUGAAAUGGUGGAUUUCACAAGCAAAAACAAAAAUUCCACCAUAAGAGUUAUAACAUUAUUUUUCUAUAUUUAACUAAUUGUCAAUCAAAUUAGCAUGUUCCUUUUUUUUUUCUAAAUAAUUACCGAAUUAAUUUUUUUGAGUGAAUUUAAUGUAUAUAAUGUUAUGAAAAAUGGUUACUUCAUGUUUGAUAUCACAAACACCAGCAAAAAAGUAAAUAUUGAUUCAUGACAGGGUAAAAAUGACAAAAUUUGAAAGUCAAAUCUAAAAACAUAUUUAUAGGCGCCAUGUUGUCACUAAGAGCCCAUCUUGUUCCGCUCACACAUUUAGUAGGUGUGUAUAUUUUGUUUUGCACAGUAAGAAACGCAAACAAAAGUGGUUAAUAUAUGGAUUAUUCAUGUUACUGUACUCAUGAUUGAAUAGCUGUAACCUAAUUUUUUGACCUGUUGUUUUAUCAUACCAAAUUAUAUGUAUGUGUAUGUAAUAAUGCCAUUUUCCUUCAUCAUAAAUGCUAAAUCAAAGA